AUGAGAGGUUCAAAAUCCAUCCAAAAGAAAAAUAAUAAUAAUAAUAAUAAUAAUAAUAAUAAUAAUUAUAAUAAUAAUAAUAAUAAUAAUAAUAAUAAUAAUAAUAAUAAUAAUAAUAAUAAUAAUAAUAAUAAUAACAACACCUUAUUUGAAAAUUCAAAUUAA